AGUGACGUCCUCCAAUGAGAGCGCGGCAUUGUACGUUCAACGUAUAUAAGACAUUCCUGCCGUUUUUUUCUUUCUUUGGAAUAAUGUCGGCUGACUAUGAAAACAGGGAUAAUGGCCCGGAGGGCAUGGAGCCCGAUGGCAUCAUUGAGAGCAACUGGAACCAGAUCGUGGACAGUUUCGAUGAGAUGAACUUGCGCGAAACUCUGCUCAGGGGAAUUUAUGCCUAUGGUUUCGAGAAGCCAUCUGCUAUUCAGCAAAGGGCUAUUAUGCCUUGUAUCAAGGGUUAUGACGUGAUCGCCCAGGCCCAGUCUGGCACUGGGAAGACCGCCACGUUUGCCAUUUCCAUCCUCCAGCAGAUUGAUGUGGAGAUGAAGGCCACCCAGGCUCUGGUUCUGGCUCCUACCAGGGAGCUGGCACAGCAGAUCCAGAAGGUGGUUCUGGCUCUGGGCGACUACAUGGGAGCCAGCUGCUACGCCUGCAUCGGAGGAACCAACAUCCGCAGCGAGGUCCAGAAGCUGCAGGCUGAAGCCCCUCACAUCGUGGUGGGAACCCCCGGCCGCGUCUUUGACAUGCUGACUCGCAAAAACCUCUCUUCCAAAAGCAUUAAAAUGUUUGUGCUGGACGAGGCCGACGAGAUGCUGAGCCGAGGAUUCAAGGACCAAAUCUACGAGAUCUUCCAGAAGCUGUCGAGCAACAUCCAGGUCGUCCUUCUGUCCGCCACCAUGCCGGCCGACGUCUUGGAGGUCACAAAGAAGUUCAUGCGAGAACCGAUUCGAAUCCUGGUAAAGAAGGAGGAGCUGACCCUGGAGGGUAUCCGCCAGUUCUACAUCAACGUGGAGAAAGAGGAGUGGAAGCUGGACACGCUGUGCGACUUGUACGAGACCCUGACCAUCACACAAGCUGUGAUCUUCAUCAACACCAGGAGGAAAGUGGACUGGCUCACCGAGAAGAUGCACGCCAGAGACUUCACCGUUUCCGCUCUGCACGGAGACAUGGACCAGAAAGAGAGAGACUUGAUCAUGAGGGAGUUCCGCUCCGGUUCCAGCAGAGUGCUCAUUACCACCGACCUGCUGGCGAGAGGCAUCGACGUCCAGCAGGUGUCCCUGGUCAUCAACUACGACCUGCCCACCAACAGAGAAAACUACAUUCACAGGAUCGGACGCGGCGGUCGCUUCGGCAGAAAAGGAGUAGCCAUCAACAUGGUGACGGAGGACGACAAGCGAACCCUGAGGGACAUCGAGACAUUCUACAACACCACCGUGGAAGAGAUGCCGAUGAACGUGGCUGACCUCAUCUAACUUCUACAUGCCCUAACAUCCACCCCAACCUGCUUAUUUUAGAAGUGAAGUCCUGUUUUUUUCUUUUGUUUUUUUUGCUAUGUGAUCGGGGGAAAGAAAUUUUAAACUUCAGCGAAUUUCACUGACUAUGCUCUGUAUCCAAAUAUUGAAAGUGUUUUUUGCCUAAGUGGAAGGAUAGCUUGCUGAACUGUCAUCUGUUCACCGUAGUUGUCGUAGACCUUCAUGCAUCUCCUUCGGUUCAGAACUGCCUGCAUCUGUAAAACAUUGAUAAAAGCAAUCUUUAUUUCAAUG